AUGCCUCAGUUGCUACAAAACAUCCACGGGAUCAUCGAAGCUUUCGGGUGCUAUGCCAGGUCAGAGGGUGGCUGCAAAGUACUCACGAGGCACGAGUUGAAGAGGCUCCUGGAACAUGAGUUCGCUGACGUCAUAGUGAAGCCCCAUGAUCCUGCAACUGUGGACGAAGUCCUGCGCCUGUUGGAUGAAGAUAACACAGGAACUGUAGAGUUCAAGGAAUUCCUGGUCUUGGUGUUUAAAGUUGCUCGGGCUUGCUUUAAGACACUGAAUGAGAUUCCUAAGGGCGCUUGCCUGCCUGACAAGUCUGAAAGCUGCUAUCCUGGAUCUUCAAAAGAACUGGAGCAAGCACAGAGAGGUGGUGCUGAAGUGACAAAAGAUGGAGCAGCACAGUACUAUGAAGACAGCAGCUGUGGACAGAGAGAUCAGGCUUCUAGAGGACAGGACAGGGUGGAGACACAUACCCAGAAUCAGAACAGCUACCCUACACAGGUUAGCAAUCAUGACAUGCAAGCACAGGAGAUGAUAAGCCAGCAAACACAAGUGACAGGACAGAUGGAGCAAACCCCAAGAAUAGAAGACAAGAGUUGGACCAGACAGAAGAGGUCAGAGAGGCAACCACAGAUUAGCCAACAGACAGAUGAGAUAACAACUGGAUCCACAACUGAGACCCAAGCAGGCACCUUCCAUAUACAGGGGUCUACCUGUGACCAGAACAGAGGGACUAACAGCCAUAGUCAAGACAGAAGCCAGGCAGACCAAGUUUCUAUACAACACUACCAGACACAGGCAGGGUCUCAUACUCAGAUUCACACAGAGAUGGUAGAAAAGGCCUGGGAGCAGCAGACAGGAAGUGGCAGCAUUCAGACACAGGGAUCUGUCUAUGACCAGAGCAGAGAGACUGUGGUUCGUGGCCAAGACAGGAACCAAGCAAGCCAGAAUGCUAAAGAACACCACCAGGCACAGGCAGAGUCAUAUACUCAGACACACACUCAGACAAUGGAACAAGGCAGGAGCCAGCAGUCAGAAAACAGCAGUAUCCAGACUCAUGGGUCCAUCUAUGGCCAAAACAGAGGGACUAAGAUCCAUGGGCAAGAAAGCAAUCAGGCUGAGCAGGUAGGAACAGGCGACUACCAGACACAGGUAGGCUCAUAUACCCAGACUUUGGAGCAUGAUGGGAGGCAGUCUGCACAUCAAGUAUUGACGCAAGAAAAGGGACAAACCCAGACACAGCCAUGCAUGGGACAAAGCUGGACACCAGUAAGCAACUAUGAGACAGGAAAGCCAGUGCUAGGAGGACAGAUCCAGACUGAGACAGACACAGUUAAAGAGAGACAACAAUGGAACAACAAUCACCCAAGCACAGCUGGAGGGCAGGGAGAGAGAGUACCCACAGUGGUUAGAGAGGAGUGGGUCAAUGACCACACAAGGGAAAUAGUGAUCCGAAGCCAGGAUCCAGGCAGCCUGCACUCUGGUGCUCCUUCAGCUCAGGGCCAGGAUACACCACAGAUUGAUAAGAAAGGAAUCACAGCCAAGGGACUAUAUUCCUACUUGAAGACAGAACAGCCAUGA